AUGUUUCAGAAUCGUUCUUGGCGCGAAGCUGGACCAGCUCUUCUCGAAGGCAUUGCUGAGAGCACUAAUACACCUAUAUCUCUUCUCGCCCUUGCUCUGACUGUGUCAUUCGUUUGCAAGUGGGUUGUUGAUGGAGCUCAACUGGCGAUUGGAGGUCGUCGCGAUCAUGGACACGUUCUUGCUCACUCUGGAUACACGGAGGCGUUGACGUUGGUACUGCUAUGCCUUCAAACAGGUCUACUUGGAAUGAAGACUGAGCAGAAGGCAUUUUUACUAGGGCUCGUUCUUUUUAUUGUUAUGUCAGCUCUGCUGCAGUCACUGUAUGAACUGCUUGAACCACAACUGUUGUCCUUAGCUGCUUCGCCUAAUGCCUCAACUGCGCGACAUGUAAGGUGUCUUACCCUUGCUUUGAUCCUCUUCGUUGCCCCGGUUGUCAUGGCAGGAGCCAUAACUGCUUUUCUUCCAGUGGAUUUAUGGUGUGUUAUUAUCGUAUCAAACUGCGUUCUCACCACCAUUCAUGCUGCGUCAUCAACUGUACAGUAUGUUAUAGGAAUGAUAGAGUCACGAGCUACAGAACCUUGGGAACACAGCGACGACCUUAUGUUUUGGACCCGAAUUAUUACAAAAGUAUUUGAAUUGUCUAUCGCACUAAUAGUGCUUGUAUACGGCAUCGUAUUCACAGUUGCGGGCAACUGGACACUAGCAACCAUUGCUGUACUCGUUUUUCAUGUGAUAUUUAACAUAUACAGAAGAAUGGAAACACUUCUUGGUUCAAUGACCGCACGUCAAGCUGCAGUGAAGAAUAUCAAUCGUCUACCGCGUGCUAGUAAGGAGGAGCUCAAAGCUCGAUGUGAUGUAUGUGCCAUCUGUUUCAUGGAGAUGUGGGAGGAAGCACGUGUGACUCCAUGCAAGCACUUUUUCCAUGGAUCAUGCCUUAGGAAGUGGCUUGCAGUUCGACAGGUGGGUCUCUCUAUGCGCUGCGCUUAAUU